AUGAGCAGUCAGAUACCAUAUUUGUAUACGAAUUGUAACGAACCUAUUUAUUUGAAUGUUAUUCCAAGUCGCAAAAUUAGCGCUUGGUCCGAUGCUAUGCAAUUGAAUCCUCUCAUGAUGAUACCAGAUCGUCUUCGAGAUCAAAAUCAAUAUGUCACUCAGAGUAUUUGGCCUCAGAUCGAAAACUCUUCAUAUCCUCACUAUGAUCAUGCUGGCAUGAUAAAUAAUCAAUAUCCAAUAUAUGAAAAUUCAUGGUAUAAUACCAUGAUAUAUCCUUAUACAUAUCUUACCUAUAAAUGA